UUUUCGUGUUUCUGUCCUGUCCUUUGUUGCUUCGCAAGAGUUUUGGCCAAAUUCAAGUUCGAUCUCAACCUGCCGGCAGAUGUAGAGGAGAUUUCCGGGGAAGAACAGCGAUUGGUGGCUGAUCAUCAUGAUCCCUUUCCCCCCUCACCGCCGGAUUCUUCGACGCCAUCUUCAAGUGUGACAUCACCACAGGCAAUGGGCGGAAGCAAACGCAAGUGUGGACCAGAGGAAACUCACAGGUUCAGCAAUCUUUCACCUUCGAGACUCCCUCGGCAACAUGAUAUUCAGGCGCCUUCGACUUCCAAUAAAAGACAAUUCACUCGACUUCAACAAGAAGCAGCCCCAUCUAGGAGCAACUCACUCUCUACUCAGCCGGCGGACAACGCCAUUGAGUCGGGGGUGGGCGAGUUGAGGAACAAGAAAGCUAAUCCCAAUCUCGUCCGCCCGGAUAUAUUGUACCUAAGUGGUAUACCCAAUCACUCAAGAUGUCUACUUGGUGAUGUUUCUAAACAUUGGUUCUCGCUAUUUGAAAGCAUAGUGAAUUCCAAAGAGCUCAAAUCAGCUCCGAGGCCAGCAAAUAUCGUCCACCCAGAUUUGCCGUUUGCAAUGGUCCAACCCGCCGAUGGACGCGAAGGCAGAGUGCUGAGAGUCAUGCGCUACGAGGAUGCUGCUAAACGGAAGCUAGCACUCCCGCGCCCUCAGAAUUGCGUUUCAUUUGGUAGAAGAUUGAUAGUUUAUCUUAAUCACUUGCAUCUAGAGGUUAUGGAACGUUUGGGACUACCAGAAUCUACACAGAUACUGUUGCACGACGAUUUGUUGAAAUGGGUGCAUGGCGAGAUCUUCCAUCCUAGUGAUCAUGUUCUUCCGGUGCUGGGGACCAUCGAUAAGCCCUACCAGUCAUGGGAAGAGAUCUUGGAAUCGAAUAAAAUUGGAAAGAAUCAGGAAGAAAUCAUCAAAUACUUCUCUGGAUAUGGCAAACACGAAGAAAUAACCAAGAUUUCUGUAUAUCUAUUGGAAACUUAUCAGGAUCAUCAUGAAAAUUUUUAUCUGCCCUCAAGUUAUCUUGGCAAAGAACAUGAUUUAUCUGUUCUUUCAUCAUUGAAGUAA